CAUUGCGACAAGCCAAAGGUUUGUAGGUUUCCUUUGCUAUAAUGAAGAGAGCUCGCCACCAGUUGAAAUUCCAUGCGUUUCGCUAGCUUCACCCGAUGCGACCUUCCACAACCACAAAGCUCAUUUCCUUAACGCACCCGACUCUCAACUUCGCUCACCGCACCUUUGAAUCCUUUGUCUGGAACAACAUCAUUCGAGCCCAUGUCCAAUCCACCGUCUCUCUUCAACCUCCAUUGUCAGUCUUCGCUCGCAUGCGCUCCCAUGGCGUCUACCCCGACUUCGACACCUUCCCUUUCCUCCUCCAGUCCUUCAAUUCCGUUCCCCAUCUCCAAUCUGGUCGACAGAUCCACGCUCAAGCUUUCGUCUUUGGGCUUGACCGCGAAACCUUCGUCCAGACUUGUCUCAUCAACAUGUACUCCUCUUGCGGCGACUCAGCGCUAGCUCGUCAAGUGUUCGACGACAUUGCUGAACCGGAUUUGCCUUCUUGGAAUUCUAUCAUCAACGCGUGCUUGAAAGUGGGUCGGAGUGACACUGCCCGUGCGCUGUUCGACGUAAUGCCUGAGAGGAACGUGAUCUCUUGGAGCUGUUUGAUUAAUGGGUACGUUAGGUGUGGGGAGUUUAAGGAAGCGCUUGCUUUGUUCAGGGAGAUGCAACUCGUGGAAGGUGCUUUGGUUAGGCCUAAUGAGUUUACCAUGUCCGGAGUGCUUUCGGCGUGUGGGCAGUUGGGUGCACUGGAACAUGGGGAGUGGGUUCAUGCUUAUAUUGACAAAUGUGGGAUAGAAAUUGAUGUUGUGUUGGGGACUUGUCUCAUAGACAUGUACGCUAAAUGCGGGAGUAUUGAGAGGGCGAGGUUGGUUUUCGGCAAUUUGGGUCCUAAUAAGGAUGUGAUGGCUUGGAGUGCUAUGAUAUCAGGCUUGGCAAUGCAUGGUCAUGCUGGGGAAUGUCUCAGCUUGUUCUUGGACAUGAGACAGCAGGGUCUGAAACCUAAUAGCGUAACAUUCUUGGGUAUUCUUUGUGCUUGUGUUCAUGGAGGUUUGGUGAGUCGAGGGAAAGAAUUUUUCAGGGAAAUGAGCGAGGAGCAUGGAAUAACUCCGAUAAUUCAACACUAUGGUUGUCUAGUGGAUCUUUUUGGGAGAGCAGGUCUACUAAAGGAGGCAUGGACCGUGGUGAAAUCGAUGCCUAUGGAGCCUGAUGUGCUUAUAUGGGGUGCUCUACUGAGUGGAUCCAGGACACAUGGUGACAUUGAAACAUGUGAGAUUGCGCUCAGAAAGCUAAUCCAGCUGGAUCCUGGCAAUAGUGGUGCCUAUGUGCUUCUGUCAAAUGUUUAUGCAAAAUUGGGUAGAUGGAAUGAAGUGAGACAAGUCAGAAAUCUAAUGGAAGCAAAGGGCAUUUAUAAAGUCCCUGGGUGUAGCUUAGUAGAGCUUGACGGGGUACUUCAUGAGUUUUUUGUGGGAGAUGAUUCCCAUCCGGAAACUAAAGAGAUUUAUAUGAUGCUUGAUGAGAUCAUGACGACAUUGAAGAAGGCAGGCUAUGUGGGAAACACAAAAGAAGUAUUGCUUGAUUUGGAUGAGGAAGCAAAAGAGCUUGCUCUAUCUCUUCAUACUGAAAAACUGGCUGUAGCAUUUUGCUUUUUACAAACAAGUGCCGGCACUCCCAUACGAAUUGUUAAGAACCUCAGAAUAUGUGGUGAUUGUCACGUUGCCAUAAAGAUGAUAUCCAAAGUCUACAGACGCGAGAUCGUAAUCAGGGACUGCAACCGGUUUCACCACUUCAAUGACGGAGUUUGCUCUUGCAAAGAUUUCUGGUAGAUGAAAAGGUUUCUGGGUCAAUUUCAUGAAAUUUUCAGGGUCCUGUCAAUUUUCAUAGGCGCUUGUGGCCACAGAAAUUUGGACAUGACAUAGACUGAAACAAUAAAUCAUUCACACCAAUUCUGGCAGUCAAAUACCCUGAAAAGGCAGAUGUCGGGUUGUCAAGAUUCAGUUUGAACUUUGCAUUGUAUUGAGUGGUCUGAACCACAAGAGCCCUGGUAGUAUAGUCAUCUCCCAAGAGGACAUCGACUUGAAAAUCCUGCAAGGCUGUGUGAAAUUGUUAUGGUUGAAGACCUUCCUUGAGGUGAGAAAGAGCAUCACCCUUGGCUGAACUGUGGCUGCUUGUAGUUGAAGGCCUUUGGCUCUUUAUAGUCGGUGACAGGUACCCGUUAAAGGCCUCUGUUUAGAGUUUGCAUACUUUCCUGUUGUUGGCAGUAGCUAUAUUCCGACAUAUUCUUAUCACGGUCAAUGAUAUCAGUA